CGCUGGUGAGAGUCCACACAUGCAAACCUGUUUCCUCCUAGAGCUAUGGUGACGUGGGCCGUGUUUGAGGAAGCCUGCCUGACGUACUCUUUCUUCCUUUAGCAUGUUUUGAGCAGAAGCAAUCGGGCUCUUGAAACCCCGAAGGUGGUUGACUUCCGUCUUCUUUUCUUCUUUUCCAGACCGCAGCUUCAUCGCACGAAACGGGCGUGCGAUACGAUCAUCUUCAGGCAGCGACUAGACUGAGACGUCAAUUGUAUGAGAUAUGGAUGAAUGUUGAAGAAGAUUCGCACCUUCAACGAAUGUUUGGUCGCUGGGUUUUCUUCCGCCUCCAUAAUAAAAGGGUCAAUUUUCUCUCCCUGGAGACAAUUGGCGUCAAGACUUGAGGGUUUGUUUGAUUCCUGUUCGGGAAACAGGACCGUCCUAGAGGGGAGCCACCACGCGAUCCGGUCGAUCGAUCCAGAGGGAGAGAGAGCGAGAGAUAGGUUAUGCAUCGGCUUAGGGGUGCUGGUAGCUCCGCUUGGGCGGCAGCGACGGCGCUUCCCAGCCUGAGAAAGAAGGUCUCCAAUUCAUGGUCUGCUGUUCAGGACACGUACUUCUCCACCAAGGAUGUGUUUGAGAGGCACAGGGUUGUCUUCACGGUUGGGACGUCAUUGGCUUCUGUUGCAACUGCAUGGGCAGGCUAUUCUUUACGAUACGUUCAUCAGUCUAAAGUUGAGCAAAGGCUUGAUUCAAUUGAGCAAGCUAUGAGAGGUGCACACAUUAUUGAGCAAUCAGACAUAAAGAAGAUCGUUAGUUCUGGAAAUACUGGUACCACAUCUUUGAUUGCCACUGCAGGAACCUCCCUAGUUAUUGGAUACGGUCUUGGCUGGAGAGGUGGUAAAUGGUAUGCAACACGCAAGUUUCGCAAGGAGCAGCUGAAAUCUAUCGGAAUGAACAAGAUUCAGAAGUGGCAAUACCUUAAAAGACCAUUUUUAUUACGAUCACAUCUGGUUACAGAGGCUGGUGGUAAAAAUGUCUCAGGUGCGUUGCGCAGUGGCUCGGUAGCAUUGGAUUCUAAGCAAGCAGGUCAGCUGUCUUGCUAAUUGAGGUUGUUAUGUGGCAACUUCGCGAUUAUAAAUUACCUCACUACGAGUACAUAUUUCAACAUAAAAAAAUGUGCAGUUGCUGGAGAUCCAAAUCGAAUUAUUACAUA